UCCCUCCAAAUCGCCCGCGCGGCACCCGCCCCCGCCUGAUGCGACGUCCUCCGCCAGUUCGUCCGCCUCCGCCUCUCCCUGCGCUGCGCCUCCUCCCCUCCCCGCGUCGUCGUCUCUCGCAUGGCGGAGAGGGCCCUCAUGCCCGUGCCCCCCGCCUCGCCAGAGCCUGCCGCCUCCUCCGGCGCCGUCUCCACCGCCUUCGGCUCCCCUCUCGACCCCGUCGUCGCCGCCGUGCCCUCGGCCGCCGCGCGCCUGCACCCGCGCGACACCUACGUCGUCCAGGUCCAGAAGGACCAGAUAUACCGCGUCCCGCCCCCCGAGAACGCCUACCUCGCCGAGCGGUACCGGACGGAGCGAGGAGGAGGCGGCAAGGGCUCCCCGUGCUCGUCGGGCGCCGUCCGCACGCUCGGCGCGGUCCUCGCCGCCGGGCUGCUGCUGGGCGCCGUCGCCGCGCUCUCCUCCGUCGUGCUGCGGCCCGACGCGCCGAGCUUCGUCGUCGACAAGCUCUCCGUCCAUAACGCGUCGCGAACGGACUACGACUUCUUUCUCACGGCGAUCAACCCCAACAAGGUGACCGCGCUGUGGUACGGCGGCGGCAGCGGCGGCGCCACGGCGAAGCUGCUGCACAAGGGCACGACCCUAGCGAAGGGCGACGUCGGGGAGCCCGAGGACGGCGGGGAGGACGCCACGGACUUCAACGUGCUGCUCCACGGGCUGCAGCACGACGGCCGCGCGCCCAAGGCGGUGGAGAAGGGGCUCCGAGGCUCCAAGGGCGCCGUCGAGCUCGAGCUGUCCGUCGAGAUGGCCGUGCAGGUGCACGUCGGCGCGCUCGGCUUCGCGCGGAGGACGUUGGCCGUGUCGUGCCACGUCACCGCGGCCGGGCUGAGGAAAGACGUGCACAUCUCGUCGCAAACGUGCAAGAGCAGCUUUGGAAACUGACGGCGUGUACAAACCAAGCUUGGAUAGAGUCAUACGAAUUCGUGUAAAAUUUGUCAGACUCUCGAUGAGAUUUGUGUGUAACUUGUUUACGAACAGAAUUCUCGGACCCUGGACUUUGGGUGAAUUGUGGACAAUGUUCGCGUUGGACGUCUUCGUUGGGCACAGGCUACACUGUACCGAUUUUGGUGCAGGGCUGGAAUCUUCUUUGGGCUUCUCGAAAAGAAAGACUACAUUUGGGAUUUUGG